AAAUGCCCAAAUAAACUGAGGUUGUUAAGAUAAAGUUAGAUUUUUCAAAGCUGGGCUGUUCGAUAAGUCGUCUUUUGUUUAAAAAGUCAAUUUUGAAUGGCCUUAAUUUUCUGUGUGAGAUCUGAUACACACAAGAAUAACAUUCAAGUAAGUUUAUUUCUCAUGAAGGUUCAAAACAGAAAUUCCCAUUGUGUGUAGUUUUGUUUGUUCAUGGUCAUUUUCUCAGAAAACACACAGGCUGUGUGCAAUAUCAAACAUGUCUCAUAAAUACAUCCCAUAAUCCAUUACCUAGCCAGAAUCUAACUGGUUGAGAGCAGCAGUCAUAGAAAAUGUUCCUGCUUCCUCUGGCCAUCUAUUCUUCAAAAAUGGUUGAAAACUAUGUGCCGGAGGCAAGCUGUUGAAUGAAUUGAAAGAGAGUUGCUCAUGUAUGAAAGGGGACAUGACUGAUCGAUCGUUAAUCUGGAUAAUAAGUAUUGACAGAUUGAGAGUCGCUCCAGAGGGAGCCACCAUGAUUUUACUUUGAAAGGGUUCAUUUUGUCAUGUGUGAAAUGAUCAGGCAGCUGCACACUGUCCCACUGUCUCACUUUUUUCAAAAAUCAGUGUGACUAUGUUUCUGAAUCUGAAAAUUUAUGAAACCAUCUGUUAUUUUCCAGAGAAGAAAGUCAUCCAGUAAAUAGGACAAUUUUUUGGGUAAGCUUCUCAUGCAGUAAUUCAUUGAUUCCCACGUAACAGCGUCUGUGAUGUAAGUGAUUGAAGGGUCUACACGUCAUCACACUUCAAGCUACAUAAGGACAGUUAUGAGUUGAAUUGACUGAUUGGUCUGAAAGAGCUGCGGGCCUUUUUCGCAUUGAUUCUGUUCAGCAGCUUAUAAAGUUUGCUGUGAUCUAGUUUUUUCGAAUACAAUUAGGCUUGUAAAAGUUAGAAUUUCCUUGGUUACAUUGUCAUUCUUCAAUGUUUUAAUGUACAGUGUUUGUCCCUCCCCCAUGUAGAUUUCUAUAUCCAUAUAGAAUGUUCCAAAUCUCAGUUAUAAUUCAAAUGUGGCACAUGAAGCCAGUGGCACGUGGCUGCACAGUUUUUUCUCCCAGCUGUAACGUGCGGCUCACCACAGCCCGGCCCAGAAUUGUAUCGAUCGUUUGUGGUUUUCAACAUCCAGCUAACCUCUCUCUCCCCAUGUAGACUUGUGAUGUCCAUGUGAAGAUGGGAGACUGGAACUUCUUGGGAGGAAUUCUAGAGGAGGUGCACAUCCACUCCACCAUGGUGGGAAAGAUCUGGCUCACCAUCCUCUUUAUCUUCCGCAUGCUUGUGCUGGGCGUUGCUGCCGAAGACGUAUGGAACGACGAGCAGUCCGACUUCAUCUGUAACACGGAGCAGCCCGGCUGCCACAACGUCUGCUACGAUCGCGCCUUCCCCAUCUCACUGAUCCGCUAUUGGGUUCUGCAGGUCAUUUUUGUUUCCUCGCCCUCCUUGGUUUACAUGGGUCAUGCCAUUUACCAGCUGCGUGCCCUGGAAAAGGAGCGUCACUGCAAGAGAGUGGUUCUCAGAAGAGAGCUGGAGAUGGUAGAUGCAGAGCAGGUGGAAACUCGCAGGCGCAUUGAGAGGGAGCUGCGACAGCUGGAGCAGGGUAAGCUCAACAAAGCCCCCCUCAGGGGCUCGCUGCUACUGACCUACGUGGCACACGUUGUAACCCGUUCGGUGGUAGAAGUGGGUUUCAUGAUGGGCCAGUACCUGCUGUACGGUCAUCACCUGGAGCCUUUAUACAAGUGCGAGAGGGAACCGUGCCCCAACGUGGUGGAUUGUUUCGUCUCUCGACCCACGGAGAAAAGUGUGUUCAUGGUGUUCAUGCAGGGUAUCGCCGCUGUGUCGCUGUUCCUCAGCCUGCUGGAGAUUCUGCAUCUAGGAUAUAAAAAACUGAAGAAGGGAAUUCUGGAUUACUAUCCUCACCUGAAAGAUGACUUGGGUGACUAUUACGGUAACAAGUCCAAGAGGAAUUCUGUGGUACAUCACGGACGUAAAGCCACCAUACCGAUGGUUCCAAGCGGAUUCACACUCCUGGAGAAACAGGACAACGGACCCACGUUCCCCUCACUCAUAAACCCUUUAUCUGCUUUUGUGCCAACCCAGGGUCACCCUGUACCAUCGGGAAUGGAUAUUCAGAGGGAGAACAAGGACAUUGUCCCAAGUCCCCUGGAAAAUAACAGCAAAUCCAACCAUACGGGCAGCAAGACUCGCUCUCCACUUGUGCCCAAACAUGACCGUGAUCCAGAGCGGUUCACGUCUGUCUCGCAACACCCGGUGUCCAACAGCUCAGAUUUCUCCACCCUACCAGUAACCGACACCAUUUCUUGCCCAGUGGUGUUGCGCAAGCCCCGGAGAUUCAGCCCACCCUGGAACUGCAGCACAGUUAUGGAGGGAAAUGGUUCGGACAGCGGAGACUCUAACAGUGAGACAGCAAAUUGUGGAAUGAGGACUCGAUGCGGCAGAGGACUCGAUGCUGAGACGCCCGACUCACGACAUCACAGUUCAGUAGAAAGUCCCACGAUCUCGCCCAACCGACGAACAUCAUUUGCAAGCAGCAACAGCAGCAGGCGAGCUGCCAAUGACCUGCAGAUAUGAAACAGGCAUGCUGUUCAGUCUGUUCAGGCAUUGAUUGACAUCAGAAAUAUAUUGAUUCAAAUAUAGUUUGUGUAAGCCCGUUUUGCUAAAUCUAGAAUCAUAUGACUUAUUAAAUACUUUUGGGCAUUUUUUACUCUAGACCAUUGUAGCGAUAAAAUGUUAGACUUUUACGAUGAAGAAUUAUUGACCUAACAGACAUAUCUUACUGUUCAUAUUAAUGUGUGUUGUGCUCUGUGCUGAACUUUUAUUAGCAUUUAAAUACAUGUGUGGGGGUUGUGUGUGUCAUCAGUUAAAGAUUAGAUUUUUGUGAAAUUUUAAAUAAAAGAUGACAAUGAUAAGCAAUGCAUUUUUCACAUCUUCCAUUUGUCAAGUCAUGUGACUUGAUGUUCUGAGUAAGAAAAUUACACAUUUUUGUGAAACGGUUACAA